AUGGACUCAGCUAUCAGUGUCACACAACUACCAGAUGCACCACCACCAAUAAUGUGCAAUCAGCAAGUAAGUUCCUUAAUUAUAAAUUAUAUUUUUGAAAAAAUUAUAAUCAUCUAUCAUAAGCAGGAGUAAAAGAAUCUGGUAUAAGACAUGGGAAGAAUGCAGUUAGACAUGUCUAACAUUACAUUGCAAUGCUGAUAGGCUGUUGUCUAUACAGUACGUAUAUUUACUUUUGUCUUAUACAACUCUAGCUGUUAUAUUUCACCUAUAGGCAUCCACUUCAAACGUCACAGCUAUAUCCCCUUCAGAAAAUACAGAGAUUUCACCAAAGAGAUUCAAACCUGAUUUUGUAAGUUGAUAACAAAUUUAUUUUUAACAAAAGUAAUGCAUCUGCCAUGUGAUUCCAUACAGUUCGUAUAAAACAAGUUCCUUUUAGAAUACGUAGUGCACCUUCAAUUCCAAUUUAAUUUCAUAAAUAACUAGUAAUUAAUAUUAUUGCAUAAUUUACAUGUAGAACAUAAGAUCAAUACUUGAAAAAUCCAUACCUGGAGAAAAUAUCCCGAAAGACUUGGGAAGUGGAAAUCUUUCAAGAAACAACAGACUAAAAAAUGGUUCAGAUUCUGGUAGCUGA